UUACUGACAUAACCAUGAUAGAAGACAAAGGUCCACGAGUGGCUGACUAUUUUGUAGUGGCGGGGCUCACUGAUACAGAUACUGCAACCCUUCUGGACCAAGAAAUAAGCCGACAUGAAACAAAGUCAGCUGGUCCAAAGGCUCCAAUUACUGACAUUGCUGUAAUAAUUAAAUCAGCUGGUGAAACUGUGCCAGAAGGAUACACCUGUGUUGAAGCCACCCCUACAGCCCUUCAAGCCAACUUAAACUAUGGCAGUCUAAAGAGUCCUGAACUUUUUCUUUGCUACAAGAGAGGCCGGGACAAACCACCCCUUACUGACAUCGGAGUUCUAUAUGAAGGGAAGGAACGUAUCAUUUCAGGCUGUGAGGUGAUUCAAGCUACUCCUUAUGGUCGUUGCGCCAAUGUUAACAACAGUUCAGCUUCUUCUCAACGGAUCUUUAUCACAUAUCGAAGGGCUCCUCCGAUACGACCUCAGAAUUCAUUGGCAGUUACCGAUAUCUGUGUUAUCGUUACUAGCAAAGGAGAAACCCCUCCUCAUACGUUCUGCAAAGUUGAUAAGAAUUUAAAUUGUGGUAUGUGGGGUUCCAGUGUAUACCUUUGUUACAAGAAGUCUGUGCCAGCUUCUAACUCUUUAGCAUAUAAAGCUGGCUUAAUAUUCAGAUAUCCUCAAGAGAACUAUGAGUCAUUCCCACUGUCGGAAUCUGUGCCUCUCUUCUGCCUUCCUAUGGGAGCUACUAUUGAGUGCUGGGACCCUCAAACCAAAUAUCCACUGCCAGUGUUCUCAACAUUUGUACUGACCUGCUCUUCUGCAGAAAAGGUUUAUGGUGCUGCUAUUCAGUUUUAUGAGCCUUAUCCCCGGGAGCUGCUAACAGAAAAACAACAAUUACAGCUGGGUCUCCUGACAGCUGUAGAGAGGAAAGUGGUUACUUCCAAGUCCAUCAAUUCCAACAAGUGCAUCUGCCUUCUCUCACACUGGCCUUUCUUUGAAGCAUUUAGAAAAUUUCUUAUGUUCAUCUACAAACUCUCUGUCUCUGGACCCCAUCCUCUUCCCAUUGAAAAGCACAUAUCCCAUUUUAUGCACAAUAUACCUUUCCCUUCACCACAAAGGCCAAGAAUUCUUGUUCAGCUUUCUGCCCAUGAUGCAUUAAUAUUGUCUCAGCCUGUUUCUACACCAUUGCCAUUAAGUGGAGCAAACUUUAGCACUCUGCUCAUGAAUCUUGGACCAGAAAACUGUGCCACUCUGUUACUCUUCGUAUUACUAGAAGGCAAGAUCCUCCUCCAUUCUCUUAGACCAGCUGUGUUGACAGGAGUUGCUGAAGCUGUGGUAGCUAUGAUAUUUCCAUUUCAGUGGCAGUGUCCAUAUAUCCCCCUCUGUCCUUUGUCUCUGGCCACCGUACUCAGUGCACCUGUUCCAUUUAUUGUUGGAGUUGAUUCACGAUACUUUGAUCUGUACGAUCCACCACAGGAUAUUGUGUGCAUUGACUUAGACACAAACAUGGUGUACAUAUCAGAUGAUAAGAAGAGCACCAACUGGAAGCAGUUUCCUAAGAAGCCAUGUAAAAGUCUGCUCAGCACCUUAAAGAAACUGCACCCACAGCUGGCAGCAGUUCACAGGAAAACCCAAGAAGGCUCUGCAGUGGAGAUGACUCCUAUUGAGGCAGAUUUCUCCUGGCAGAAGAAGAUGAUAGAACUUGAGAUGGAGAUCCAGGAAGCUUUUCUCCGUUUCAUGGCAUCUAUUUUAAAGGGUUACAGAACAUUCCUUAAGCCAAUCACACAGGCGCCUUCAAAUAAAGCAACUGCUGCUGAUUCCUUGUUUGAUCAUCAAGGAUUUUUAAAAAGCAGAGACCGUGCCUAUACAAAGUUCUACACGCAUCUCACCAAAACACAGAUAUUCAGCCGCUUUAUUGAAGAAUGCAGUUUUGUGAGUGACAAGGAUACUGGCUUGGCAUUUUUUGAUGACUGUAUUGAAAAGGUUGAUGUAGAUUUUCUUGAAGAUACACGGUUAAUUGAGCUUGAUGAGUCACAAAAAAGUGAACACACAGUGUUCAUAAUGCCACCAGAACCUCCUGCUGAUGAUGGACAGGACCGAGUGCCAAAAUACAGCUAUAAAAACUUCCCACGACUAGAUUUCAAGCUCUUUGACAGGCCACAGGAGCUCACACUCUCCUUCAGCAGACACCCAGCUGGGAGCAGCAUUUCCAAUAGUCCAGCACUCAUGGCAAAGAGGACAAAACAGGAGAUAAAAACAGCCCAUAAAUUAGCCAAGAAGUAUUACGUAAGCCCCCCACAGUGGGCUAAGUGUCUCUUCAGUCAUAGUUACAGCCUAUGGUUUAUUUGUCUGCCAGCCUACAUCAGAGUUGCACAUCCUAAGGUGAAAGCACUGCAGCAGGCAUAUGAUGUUCUAAUUAAAAUGAGGAAAACUGAUGUGGAACCACUAGAUGAGGUCUGCUACAGAGUUGUAAUGCAGCUCUGUGGACUGUGGGGUCAGCCGGUUCAGGCUGUGAGAGUCCUCUUUGAAAUGAAAAAUGCUGGAAUACAGCCAAAUGCCAUCACCUAUGGUUAUUACAAUAAGGCGGUUUUAGAGUCUCCUUGGCCUAGCAGUAACCGCAGUGGCAUAUUCCUGUGGACAAAGGUACGAAAUGUAGUUCGUGGCACAGCACAAUUUAGGCAGUGCUUAAAGAAAUCAGCGCAGAACCCACGAGUACCUGUGAUAUCAGCUCUGCGGAGUACCACGGGUGGAAGUGAUGGGGACAUGGUGAGCCAUGGUAGCGUGGAUAGUUCUAAUGAUGCUAACAGUGGGGAGCACACUCUCUUCGUCAGUGACUUAGUCAGGCUUGAUUCCAUUGAUAAUCACUCUAGCACAGGUGGUCAGUCAGACCAGGGCUAUGGAUCCAAAGAUGAACUUUUAAGAAAUGAUGGGGAUAGUCUUCAUGCAGCUGAAACACAAGCAGAGAAAAAUAUUUCUUCUAAAGCUGAAGACCUAAUAGGAGAAGUUUAUACUGAAAAAUCUAAUGAAAAGCAACAGCUGAAUGUAGAAAUUCGUAGUCCAACAGACCCACCUGCUUGGGGUAACAGUAUUGUGAAAGUUCCAUCUGGCAUUUUUGAUAGCAGUGGAAGGAAGAGCAGUGGUGAGACUGGUUCUAGCCCACUGUUCAUAACUCAGGAUUCAGUUGAAGACGUAGUCUUUGGUGAUGUUUCUCCUAAGAAAACAAGUGAAAAAGGACAGAAGAGGCAGAAACUGUUUUCAGAGAGAAGCUGCAGUUUCAGCAGUGAAAGCAGAGCAGGAAUGCUGCUGAAAAAGGGAAGCUUGGACUUGCAUUCUAAAGAAAUAGCAAUAAUGAUGGGAGCAGAUGCCAAGAUCCUAACAGCAGCUUUAUCUGGGGCCAAAACUUCAUCCUGUCAUAUGAAUAAAUCCCACAGCUUUGAAAGUAUCGUUGACCAGCAGGUGUCUGUCAUAUCUGGCACAUGGAGUUGUGUGACUGAGAUUGACUGGGGAUUGGAGCAUAGGUCUUCUCCAGUGCUGGAAGAACCUGGGGAAGGGCAGGAGCAUCUUGAGAAUGGAAGAGAUGAAAACGUGACCAGAGUGGAAGACAUGAACCUUGAACAGUCAGCUGAGUCCAGAAACCAGAAACUAGAAUCCAAAGAUGGAACUGCUAAAAGGAAUAGCUUUUAUGGAGUGGUUAAGCCUAUUGAAAGGGAAGAUGUUGAAGUAGGCUUGGACCCUUUAUCUUUGUUGGCUACUGACAGCAUACAACCAAGGCAUCCAGAACCUGAAGAAAAGGUAGUGUCACCAGUUGCGGCACGUAACUUGGCAGAUGAAAUAGAGAGUUACAUGAAUCUGAAGAACCCAUUGGGUAGUAAGUUUCCCAGCAUGGAACUGCACAAGCCAGAUAGGGAAGCAGAAGCCUCUGGAACACUUGGUCACUCACAAGAAAGGAGGUCAAGCCUGCCUUUGGAUCCCAUCCUGCCAUCCCCUAAGUCUGAUGAAAAUCGGAGAAGUCCUUCUGUCUCCAGAUCCAAAACAUUCACUGGACGACCCAAGCAACAAACCCAUCCACGAGUUCAAAAGGAGCGGUCUUCAUCUUUGACAGGACUGGGUCGUUCUUCUCCACAUGGCUCAUUAGGAUCUGUCGUAACAACUUUAUCCAGUCUGAAGUUAGACAAUAUACUGUCUGGACCAAAAAUGGAUGUUCUGAAAUCAGGCAUGAAGCAGGCUGCCAAUGUGGCCAGUAAGAUGUGGGGAGUUGUAACUUCAGCAUAUAGUUACUCAGAUGAUGAGGAGGAAGAUGGAAGUCAAAUAAUGGAUCUGGAAAUACUCAAAAAUGCUAAUUUUCUUCUUGUAUUAAAGGAAGAAAACAGUCAACCAGACUUUAACUUCCCUGCUGGUUUCAAAGAUAAUAUUUUAGGAGAUAAUCUGUCAUCAAGAACUGCAGUCCCAGGGCUAAUUACGAAUGACCUUGCACAAAGCACUACUAGUCUUGGCAGUAGCAACAGCAGUGGAGAUGCAGGAAGACAGCAUUACAGUGCAGGUGAAGUUUCAUUCCCAAGAAGUAUGAAAGCUCUAGAUUCUGAGAAGUCAGAGCACAGCUCUUCAUAUAAUACUAGUUUAUCCAGCAUUUUCCAGAACUAUGCAAUGGAGGUACUGAUGUCAAGUUGCUCUCAAUGUAGAGCUUGUGGUGCUUUGGUUUAUGAUGAAGAAAUUAUGGCUGGAUGGACAGCAGAUGAUUCAAACUUGAACACUACCUGUCCUUUCUGUAAAAGUACCUUCCUACCUUUACUUAAUGUUGAAUUUAAAGACCUACGUGGCUCUGCAAGUUUUUUCCUGAAGCAAAGUACCUCAGGAGAUAGUGUACAGAGUGGUACCCUUCCAUUAACCAUGGAUCCCUUGGAGCAGAAACUGUUGUCCGGUCCAGCUGUUGCUGACUUGAUCAGUUUUUCAGAUCACCCACAGUCCAGCCACACCAUAGCUGAAGAAACUAGCUCAGCACCUGAGCAGAGUGAUGUGGCAGAACAACAGAGUGAAGAUCCCAGAACCAUGAAGAUAUCUGCCAGUAAUGCACCAAAAAGGGGAAUGUCCUUGACUCGGAGCCACAGUGUUGGAGGUCCACUGCAAAAUAUUGAUCUUUCCCAGAGACCAUCUCAUGGCAUUUCAACAGUUAGUCUUCCAAAUAGUUUGCAAGAAGCUGUGGAUCCUUUAGUACAAAGACCUAACCCUCUCCCUGUAUCUGUACCCUACUUGAGCCCUUUGGUACUGCGUAAGGAGCUUGAAUCACUGUUGGAAAAUGAAGGAGAACAAGUAAUUCAUACAUCCAAAUUCAUCAAUCAACACCCCAUAAUUUUCUGGAACCUAGUUUGGUAUUUCCGACGGUUAGAUCUACCUAGCAACUUACCUGGACUCAUUCUAACAUCGGAACACUGUAAUGAUGGAGUGCAGCUUCCUUUGACAUCUCUUGCUCAAGAUAGCAAGCUAGUGUACAUCCAUCUUCUGUGGGACAAUAUCAACCUCCACCAAGAGCCAGGGGAGCCCCUGUAUAUAUCUUGGAGAAAUCUCAAUUCUUCUGAAAAGAAACCCUCCACAGUGACAGAAGAUCAGCAGGCAACAAACACUUUGUUGGAGAACAUCAAACUAAGUAUUCAACACAAUAACGUUGUUAAACCAAUCAACCUCCUUCUACAGAAAGUUAAGCCAGAUGUGAAACGACAGAGGAGUUUUUACAGAGAAAUUCUUUUCCUGUCUCUGGUGUCUCUUGGAAGAGAGAACAUUGAUAUUGAGGUCUUUGAUAGUGAAUACAGACUUGCACAUAAAAAUCUACCAAAGGAUGUUAUUGAAAAGAUGCAGAAAAUUGAUGCUCCACCAAGCAGCAGGGUUGAGUGUUGUAGGAAGUGCUUUGGAGCACCUUUAAUAUAAAAAUGAGGAAGACACACACUCCAGUGAGACAAAAGUAGAGGUGAACAAACCAGAAGCAUGGUGAUAUAUACACUUUGAAUCCCAAAAGGUAAUAACUGAGCAAUUUGUCAAAGCAAUUUCAUUGAACUACAACAUACAUUCUUGUCUUUCAUCUCAUGAAACACAGUGUAAACUAUGUUAAAAUGUUUUAAAACUAUUGAGAUAGUUUCAGUGAUGGUUCUGCUUUUUUUCCCUAUAUAUACUACUUUUCCUUCCUCAUAUCUUUCCCCCACAAUAUCAAGUUGUUCAAAAAGGUGAUAAUUAAACAGCAGCCUAUAGUUGGUGACUUUCUUAAGGGCCACCAGCGUUAGUGUAUUUUAAUGAAAUACCUUUCUUUCCACAGAAUACUGAAAUUCUUCACUAUUUCUUUAAAAUUACCAUUACCUAAAGGGGAUCUUUUUACUGGUGUGCAGUAUGUAUGUAUGUAUGUAUGAAUGUAAAUAUUUGAGUCCUUGGAUUGGAAGUUGCAAUGCAGUUGCUCUUGUCAGAUCACAGUACUUAAAAUUGCUACACUUCUCCAGACCCUUAUCCCAAUCAGUGUUCUAAAUUAUAUUUCAAUCACCUUUUCAUAAUCAUAGAAUCAUAGGAUGGUUUGGGUUGGAAGGGACCUUAAAGACCAU